CAGAUGCGGAACGAGCAAAGGCGAUUCAAAUUCGCUUACCGCAUCCUUUGGGGUAUUUAGAAGUCGCGGGGCCCCGGACUUGUGGCGGGUGUGUCGUUGUAGCCGUACUUGAACCUUACUUUGUGUCCCCCGCAUUGUUGACGUUGGAUACAACUUCGUACUUCGUCCUGAACAUCUCUUCCCCUACGAAGCAACAGCUUCGGCACCCAGCCUCUACCCUAUCUGCCCUGAGUGACCGACACCGAAAACCACCGGGAUGAGGAACCACAUGGCUGCGGGGUGGUUCUACUCCCCGAGCCAAAUAAGCCGCUACAUUAUAACGCGCCCGACGAGUCUAAAACCGCCCAUGACCAAGCUCAGGAACCCGAUCUACAUCCUGCGCGAACUCGAUUCCCACCAAUGGUUGAUGUUCAUCGUGGGAUUCAUAUCGUGGACCUGGGACGCGUUUGACUUCUUUACCGUCUCGCUGACUAUCACCGAUAUCUCGGAAGCCUUUGGAGUGACUAGGGCGGAUGUGUCUUGGGGAAUUACCAUUACAUUGAUGCUGCGAUCCGUGGGCGCGUUGAUAUUUGGUGUUAUAUCCGACCGCUAUGGUCGCAAGUGGCCCAUGCUGAUCAAUCUAUUCUUGUUCAUCGUCCUCGAGCUCGCCACCGGCUUCUGCAAUACUCUGCCGCAGUUCCUAGGCGUCCGCGCUCUGUACGGCAUUGCCAUGGGCGGACUUGUCGGCCCCGCAGCUGCAACGGCUCUGGAAGAUCUCCCCUAUGACGCCCGUGGAGUCGUAUCAGGUGUAUUCCUAUCCGGUUACGCUAUCGGCUACCUCCUCGCGGCCGUCUUCACUGUUGCGCUCGUACCGACUACAACGCACGGCUGGCGCAGCCUGUUCUGGUUCGGUGCCGGCCCACCCAUCCCCAUUAUUGCAUUGAGAUGGUAUGCACCCGAGACCAACGCCUUCCAGGUCAUGAAGGCAGAGCGCGAGGCUAAGCACAGCACUGGCUCCAAUGGCGGCAAGUCGAAGUUCGCUGCUCUCCGGACGUAUGGAAAGGAAGCCAAGAUUGCGCUCGCGGAUAACUGGUUCCUAAUCAUCUAUAUGGUGGUCCUCAUGUCGGGCCUCAACGCCACCACUCACGGCAGUCAGGACUUCUUCCCCACCUUCCUAAAGUCGCAGCUCGGCAUGAGCCCCAACGACAUCACUAUAGUCACCGUAGUAGGCCAGCUCGGCGCCGCAGUCGGCGCCUCCGUACUCGGAUAUGUUAGCACCUUCGCCGGUCGCCGCCUCACCAUGAUCACCACAGCCGUGAUGGGCGGUGCCAUUCUCCCCGCCUACGUCCUUCCACACACCAGGAACCAUCUUGCCGCUUCCGCAUUUUUUGAACAGUUCUUCGUACUAGGCAUUUGGGGCCCGGUAGCAAUCCAUCUAAUGGAGCUCUCUCCCCCAGCACUGCGCUCUCUCCUUGUCGGACUGACCUACCAGCUUGGCAACCUCGUCUCCUCAGCUAGCGCCACCAUCCAGGCCGUUAUCGGACAGCGCUAUCCCCUUCCGCCCAGCCCGACCGAGGCCUCGCGUUUCGACUACGCAAAGGUGAUUGGCAUCUUCAUGGGCGCGGUGUGGGCGUAUGACGUAUUUAUGUUGUUUAUUGGCCCGGAGAUGAGCCAGGCGGAGAGGGAAGCGGAGGCGGAAGCGUCUUUGGAGUUUGAGAGGCUUAAACAGGGAGGGAUGAGCUUGGCAGAGGUGGGAGCGAGGAGGGGGAAUGGAAAGUUGGAGCAAGAGCUGGUAGAUAGGGAGAUGGCGGAUAAGGAGAUGGAGGACGAAGAGAGAGUGGAGUCUUCGGCGGCGGAGACGCGGGAGGCUAAGGAAGUGGGGAAUGCGACUGUAUGAUGUGCAGGGGUGCUAGGUGGAAGAAAGAUGGUGCAGUAACGAAUUAUAAGAA